AUGGCUUCUUACGGCCUUUUAGGCCAACCAGAAGAAGAUGCGCUUCACAAAUCGCGCCUCCUCAACGUCGAAGAAAAGCCCUUCAAGCGAAUCUCCAAGCGCCUAUUAAACCCAGACUCUUUCGUCGUCUCUCACACCUCGCAAACUCUCACUCCUCCCCCCGAAGACGCCGACCCCGAUGCGACCGCUGCGGCCGAAGCCCAAAAGCAAAAAAGGCUCGAAGAAUGGCGCCAUUUCCGCGAAGACGUAACCCUCGAUUUUGCCGCCUUUGAAGGAAGCAUUGCCCGCAUUCAGUUCCUUCUCACCAGCAACGAACAAGAGCGCGAGCGGUAUGCGACUGAGAAGCUCCGCAUUUUGGAGACAAUGCACUCGGUCCGGGGGAAUACAGGCGAGCUGCGCGCCCAGCUGGAGGAGGCUCAAAGGGUUCUUGCUAUGCGGAAGAGCUACGAUGAGCUUGCGGAGAAGAUUACCAGCAACCGUUUGCUGAAGCCGCGCGAGGAUCAGCAGGCGAAUCUGCAGAAGCUGCAGGUUGAAAUUGCGGAUUUGGAGAAGGAGAGCAAGGACUAUGCGGAGACUUGGACGGAGCGACGCGAACAAUUCGGUCGUAUUGUGGAGGAGGGCAUGCAGCUGCGCCGCUUGAUUCGUGAUGAGAAGGAGGAGGUUGAGCGACGAGAGGGUAUGCAGGAAGGCGAGGACGGAGACGAGGGCGAUGUCGGCUCCAAGGGCAAGAUUAGCGGUCCUAAUAGUCCUCGUCCUGAGGAUAGCGCGACCCCUUCUGGACAGAGCCCGGAUGAGGGCAGCCGGUUAGGUGUGGACAAGACGUCUGGCAAUGCGCGGGGGGUCUCUCCUUUGCGACAGGUGAUUACAGCAGAUGAAAAGGUGUCUGCGGAGGAUACAAACAUGGUGGAUGAGGGCGAGGUCGACGAAGGGGAAGAAUCGGAGCUCGAAGAAGGCGAGGAGCUGCCCGACGACCGCGAGAAGAUGGAUAUCUCAUGA